UUCCAAUUUUUCUAAAUAUGUAUUCAUCUCAUUUCAUUCCGCUUCGGAGUUCAAUUAAAUUGAACCUAGUCAAUCUGUCAUUUAUUGUGUUUUCUUACUGGAUAGGAUUCUUUGAAAUACAACACGUUUUAACUUGUAGCAUCUCGAUUUGCGCCACAGUUUAGGAUUCAUAAAAAAUUAAUACAGCUAUGCCAGAUCAGGUUACAUUUGAGGAGCUACUCCAAGAGGCUAAAGAGAUAAAGAGAUGUCUGCCGAGCGAAAAACAAGACGUCGACGAAAUCGUAUUGUGUGAACUUCUGAUGAAUUUGCCCAGUGAGAUAAAGAACAGGAUGGAAUAUAUUAUCAAUAUAAUUAUGGGCAAAGAUCCCGUAGAUUCCGCAGAAUUUUCGGACGAGGAACAAUCUGUUAACAACGAGUCUCGAGAUCAGACGCAAGACGACAUUGAAGAAGUUUCCAAAUCUGACGUUCAACAUUUCGCCACCAAAAAUUCCGUCAUAACAAUUGAAGUUUCGGAUACCGAGGACGAUAGAGAUUAUUAUUAUAAUUGCGACGAUAUUUCAAUUCUCGAUAUGAAUCCGGGGACGUCAGAUACGUCGUCAUCUGGUUCUGACGCGAUUUUGGACGAAGGUAAAACUGUCAGCAGCAACAAGUCGAAAACUUCUGUCAAUGUUGAUCCUGGCACAAAUGAAAUAGAAUGCUUACAGGAGAAUAAUAAUAAUGUAUCUUUAAAGGAGAAUAAUAAUGAUGUGAUUUAUAUGAAGAGUGUUUUUUAUGAGAGGAAUAGUUUUUCUGAUAGUCCGAAACCAGGUUGUAGUAAGGAUUCUGAUGAUGGAUCUCGAAGUCUUAAGAAAUAUUGCUCUUCUUGUAAUUUAGAUAAUUUGCAAAUAGAUGCAAAUCGAAUACAUACUCUUCUACCAAAUUUUGAUUGUACUUUAAUCUAUAAAACACUCUGUAAUAAUCACUUAGCAAACAAUCGCAUUGAACUUACAUUAUGGGACUUGUUGCCAAAGGAGAGACCACCUCCACAAUUAGCAAGCAAACGAAAACACAUGUUCCAAAAGAUACGUCCUCUCAAGAUUAAAAGACAUUCCUGUACUAAUCAGCAUAAAAAUAUUUCAGAAGAGAAUGUGACAGAUACGAGAACAAUAUUAGAAAAGGAAGAUAAAGUAUGUGCAAGAAAUGAAAUGGAAGUUGUAGAUAUUGAACCACCAAAAAAUAGAGAAUCAGUAUUGUUAACAAGUGAUGAAAUAAAAAUGGAUAUGACAGAAGAGAGUCAUUAUGUAAUAGAUAUGAAUAAUACAGAUGACAGUAUAAAUUAUUCACAAAUUAAUAUGACACAGAAAGUGAAGGUGGAUCAAUUGGAUAUGCCCAGUAAUGAUGUCAACAUGUGUAAGAAUGUACAUUUGGAGAAAUUAUCAGAAAAUGGUUCAGAGAACAAGGAAUUGCAACCGACAAUGAAUUCAGCAGUGCUACAUGAGACAGAAAUAAACAACAUUCUUUCCGUACCAACUGUUCUGCCAAAUAUUGUACCGAGUAUUACUGCAUUAAACAUUGCUGAUCCAAGCAAUGUUGCAUUGAGCACUGCUAGUCCUAUUACUACUGAGUUAAAUACUACUGUAUCAAGCAGUAUUGAUCCAAGCAAUGCUGGUCCAAGCAUUGUCGAUCCAAACAUGGUUGAUCUAAAUAUUGCUGGUCCAAGCAAUGCUGGUCCAAGCAUUGUCGAUCCAAACAUUGUCGAUCUAAAUAUUGCUGGUCCAAGUAAUGCUGGUCUCAACAUUGUCAGUGCAAGCAUUAAUGAUCCUUAUACAGAUGAUUCAAAUAUUUUUGACCUUUACACAGCUGGUCCAAGCCUUAUUGAUCCUUACACAGCUGGUCCAAGCCUCAUUAAUUCUUACACAGCUGGUCCAAGUUUUAUUGAUCUUUAUACAGCUGGUCCAAGUAUUGAUCCUCACACAGCUGGUCCAAGCCUUAUUAAUUCUUACACAACUAAUCCAAGCUUUAUUGAUCUUUACACAGCUGGUCCAAGUAUUGAUCCUCACACAGCUGGUCCAAGUAUUGAUCCUCAUACAGCUGGUCCAAGUAUUGAUCCUCAUACAGCUGGUCCAAGUAUUGAUCCUCAUACAGCUGGUCCAAGUAUUGAUCCUUAUACAGCUGGUCCAAGCAUUGCUACAUCGAGUACUGUCGAUCCUAGCACUCCUGUGUUGAAAAUGCAGAUAAUUGAUACACCAGGAAUUGUUAGUCCAAGGCUCGCUGAUCCAAGCAUUGCUACAUCGAGUACUGCUGAUCCCGGGACUAUGUUGAGAAUGCAGAUAAUUGACGCAGUGAAAAAUGCUGUGCCUGUAUUAAGACCAGCAAAGUUUACAGUUGUCAAAGGAACACCAGUUAUUAAAGAAACCCCAUCAUUAUCGAAACAAACAUCUCCUAUUUUAGCACCGCCAAAAUUACAGCAUUUAACAAAAUUAAAGAUAAAUCACGCAGAAAAUGUACGAACCGUCAUAAACAGUAGCGCUGGGAGAAAUAUACACCUUCAUGAAGGACAUGAAAGACUACUGGGGACACGCUAUCCAUCUGUCAGACCACCUAUUCUGCAUAAUACAACUGUCACGUCAAACAAAAUGCAAUCGGAUGCGAAACCGAAAAGAGUGCAGGUGCAUGGACAUAAGUAUCACAAGGAUCUGGCAUCGAUGAGGCCUGUGCCAUCUUCGUCUCGAUUAUCGCAUUUACGGGACCACAUGUCGCUUAAUGCUCAAUACGUGCAACCAUUUUUUUGGGAGAUAAAUCUCUCGCCCCGGAUGCAGGUUCGGAAAGACUCUCGGCGGGAAAAGCAACGACGAACAAAAACUAAUCCAAGACGGCAGGACGAUAUGAAUACACUUCAGGUUCACGAUAUAGGAAAAGAAAAACAGGACCCUAUGGCAUUACAUGAUCAAGUAAAUGGAAAUAAAAAGAGCAGAAAGCCACAGUAAAAUGCUGGUCAUCCAGAAAUCAUAUUAAAUGAGAAAGCUAGCAAAAUAUAUUACAAAUUAAUACCCAUGUUUCCAGCUGUAGAUACUUUUUUCAUUAAACAAAUGUGCCAAAACUAUCUUACAGAUGUUAAGUUCCAAUCACAUGAUGAACCAUCAUUGUUCGAAACAUUAGUUGUAUAUUUGCUAGAACAUGGACAAAACUAUCCAAAUAUCAAAAAAGCAAUACUACCAGAGGCGAAUAAUUCUAAUAUUACCUAUGAUCUGAAUGAUCAAUAUGCUGAUUUAUUAAUGAUAUUCCCAGAAGCAGAUCCUAUAUAUUUGAGAAAAAUAGCUGAAGAAAACUAUAAAGAUCCCGAGAAAAUAAAGGAAUUUGUACAAUCAAAAAUAGAAAAUCCAGAUUACCCAACAAGAACACAAUAUUUAGCUAAAAAAAAGAUCACGGAACAACAGAAACAAUAUACUUCAGAUUUCAAAAUACAGCAAUUUUUAGAGUUAUUCCCAGAUCCAUUUGCUCAUUUUGAAAAUGCAAACAGACGAUGUAAAUUCAAUCCAUAUGCGAUAGACUUUUUGAAGCACUAUUUCAGUAAAAUCAGGGUAAAUACAUUGUUGAAUACAUACAGUGAGCAUUUACAUAAUUUAAGUCUAACUGCCAAGGCUUUAGAAGUGUUGAGCCCUGAUAUGAAAACUAAACGAUCUCAUAAUAUGAUACUAACAGAAAACAUACCGCUACUUCAAGAAUGUGCUUUUAUACAGCAUAAAAUGGAACUAAGAAAGUACUUAACAGAAUUGAAAGAUCAAGAGGCUAAAGAAUUUGAAAAACUUAAAGCAAGAAACGAGUUGGUUGAAUGUCAAUGUUGUUAUGACGACGAAUGCAUGCCGUUAAAAUGUUUCACAUGCGAGAAUGGACAUUUAUUUUGCAACAACUGUAUCGUGAGAAGCACAGAAUUAAUAUUAGCAGAAGGAAAGGCACAUAUAAAUUGUCUAUUAGACUGUGGAUGCGAAUUUCCAUUGUCUGUACUUCAGAAAGUACUAUCACCAACAAAGUUCAGUAUUCUUCUUUGCAAACGACAAGAAGCAGAAGUAAUGGCUGCUGGAUUGGAGGGUUUAGUCUCAUGUCCGUUUUGUCACUUUGCAUCUAUACCACCACCCGAGGAUAAAGUAUUUAGAUGUCUCAAUCCUAAUUGCAUGAAAGAAUCAUGUCGGUUUUGUAAGGAACUCAAUCAUAUACCUCUGAAAUGUAACGAAGUGAAGUCGGACGCUGCGCGUUUAUACUUGGAAGAAAAAAUGACUGAAGCUCUUGUACGGAAAUGUUACAAGUGCGGACGAACAUUUUUCAAGGAAGAAGGCUGCAACAAAAUGACUUGUUUGUGCGGCGCCCAAAUGUGUUACAUAUGCGAUCAACCUGUAACCGACUAUAAACAUUUUCAAGGUCAAGGAGUGCAAAAUUCAAAUCUUUGUCCGUUAUGGAGUGAUGAUCGUCGUUUGAAUGCCGAGUCAGUAAUCAAAGUGUGUAAGGAAACUAUGAAGCAAAUCAAGCAAAAAAAUCCUGAAGUCGAUAUAAAUGUGAAUGCUCUUUUGCCGAAGUUACCGCCUAAAGCAAGAGGCCCCCACGAAGAUGUUGCUCAACCCAAUGAAAUGCCGGUACAUGCUGCAAGAAUUGCAAGGUACAAUCCAUGACAACUUUGUGUUAAUGUUUAUUGUCAAAAAGGUAAUAGUCCUUUGAUAUGUUUUGUUAAGUUCAUUUUAUUUAUAUAUAUUCAUCAGAUUUGUUCUUUUCACCAACUGCAUCAGUUCAGAGUUUAUCUCUUUCCUUUCAAUGUGAAGUAAAAAAGAUAAAUUCUGAAUUAGUACAGCAAAUUCAGCUGUGAAAAGAAUAAGCUAUUAUUAUAGUGCAUUUCUUUUAAAUAUUAAUAAUUUACAAA